AUGGCGACAAUUACCCAAAUGGCCACCUCUUCAGCCCUCAGCCCUAAGGCCAACGGCACCUCCGUCUUCCGCGGAAAGGGAGUUGCCGACGACAAGGCCAACGGCACCGCCACCACCACCACCACCACCAAACUCGCCCGCGACACAAAAUAUCGCCAUGUCUUUGCUACCCACUCAUUGACGCGCACGUCAUGCCUGAGCCACGAUACAGACAAGAGCCCCAGCUUCGUGGGCUUCAGGAACCUCAUGAUUCUGGUGCUGAUCGUGUCCAACCUGCGAUUGAUGAUCGUAAACCUGCAAAAGUAUGGCGUCCUGAUAUGCCUCUCCUGCCACGACUAUCGCCGCUCCGACGUCAUCACCGGCCUCCUCCUGUACCUCCUCGUCCCUGCCCACCUCUUCGUCACCUACCUGAUCGAGCUGGCCGCCGCCUGGCAAGCCGACCGAGCCUACUCCCGCAUCUCCAAGGACCAAGAUGACGAUUCGCCUGCAAAGUACGCAGCGGCACUGCGCAGCUUCAACCUAACCUGGUACUUGAUCGCCUUCUUUCACAGCAUCAACGCCGUCGCGAACCUCUACAUUGCCACAAAGUAUGUCUACUACGACAUCUACCACCCCGGCAUCGGUACGCUAUGUGAACUGCAUGCCGUCAUUGUCUUCCUCAAGUGCGCUUCAUACGCAUUCACCAACCGUGACCUGCGCCAUGCCUACCUCCAUCCCAAGCAGGCCGACCCUCUUCCUGAGCUCUACAGCGCAUGCCCGUACCCGCAAAAUAUCAACAUGAAGAAUCUCUGCUACUUCUGGUGGGCACCAACCCUCGUCUAUCAGCCCAUCUAUCCGCGGACAGAAAAGAUCCGUUGGGAUUUUGUCUUCAAGCGUUUAGCCGAGUUGGCUGGCCUUAGCAUCGUCAUCUGGAUUGCCUCGGCCCAGUACGCUGCACCCCUACUGCAGAACUCGCUCGACAAGGUCCUCACACUGAACCUCACAUCCAUCGUCGAGCGUGUCAUGAAACUCUCUACCAUUUCCGUCUUCUGCUGGCUCUGCGGCUUCUUCGCGCUCUUCCAGUCGGCACUCAAUGCCCUCGCCGAGGUAAUGCGUUUUGGUGACCGAGAAUUCUAUGGCGACUGGUGGAACGUGUCGUCCAUCCGCACAUACUGGACCACCUGGAACAAACCUGUGACUAAUUUCAUGCGUCGCCACAUUUACUCUCCUUUGGUUGGUCGAGGCGUGCCUCCUGUGGCAGCGCAAAUUUUGGUCUUUUUCUUCUCAGGCGUCCUACACGAACUUCUUGUCGGAGUACCCACGCACAACAUCAUUGGUGUGGCGUUUGCAGGCAUGAUGUUUCAGAUCCCGCUCAUUGUGCUCACGGAUGUGAUUCAGAAGAUCAGGUGGAUUCAGGGCAAGGUCGCUGGCAACAUGAUCUUCUGGAUAAGCUUUUGUCUGGUGGGACAGCCUCUUGCUGCCUUGCUGUAUUUCUUUGCAUGGCAGGCCAAGUAUGGCAGUGUCAGUCGGAAGGUCAGCGAUAGUCCGAUCAACAUGUUUUAUCGGCGGUAG